CGUCCCGGCCAAAAUCCCCAUCCGCCUCUCCCCUCCGCUCCCCUCCGCUUCGUCUCCGAUGAGUUCCUUGCUCUUUCGAGAUCAGCGGAAGGAGGAGGAGGACGACGCGCCCACCGCGCCGGAGGCGCCUCCCUCCCCCCCGCCGGUCGCUGGGAAGGAGGAGGAGCUCCCCGCGGCUGAGCCCGCGGCGCAGACGGCACCUCCCCUCCCCCUCCCCCUCGCCGGGAAGGAGCAGGAGGAGGAGCUCCCCGCGGCGCAGACGGCGCCUCCCCUCCCCCUCCCCCUCGCCAGGAAGGAGCAGGAGGAGGAGCUCCCCGCGCCCGCGCCAACCAUCCCCGUCACCAUGUACGACAUCUCCAGAGACAGGUUUUUCCAUCUCGCGUUACCGAAGACUCCCCCCGCUGAGCUGGCCGUCAUAAACCUCCCCGCGGACGCAACCCGGGCUCAGAUUCAGCGGGCCGCCGAGAUGCUCAUCGAGCCGUAUAUGUUCGGUGGUGGUGGUGGUGGCGGUGGUGGUGGUUGCGAUCCUUACGAUACCUCCAGCGACGACGAGACCCCCUUCACCGACGACGACUCCGACGACUACGUCGGCGGCGGCGGCGGCGGCUGGAGCUACGGCAGGGGCGGCGGCCCCGCGCCAACACCGUGGAGGCCCGAGGAUUUCGAGUUCAUCAUGGCAGGAAUCAAACCGAUUUACAAAUCUGAGGCGGGCCAGGACCAGAACCAGAUCCACAUCCCAAAGGUCAAGCGCCGCUUGGAGGGCAAGGAUCUCGAGAAGGAGUUCAACGCCGCCUCCGACUUCGUCCAGGCCUGCACCUUGAGCGUCCCCGAUGGUCUGUAUCUCCGGUUCUACGGCCUCCAUAAGAUCGCCACCGAGGGGCCCUGCACCGCGCCGCCGCCCUUCCCCCACAAGCUCAAGCCCCACAACGAGUGGAAUGCGUGGAACAACUUGGGUGAUAUGAGUCCAGAAGAAGCUAUGAACGAGUAUAUCGCCGCUGCUCGUGAGCUCUUCCCCAGCUGGGCCCAAGCUUAUUAUACAAGAAUGAAAGAUGAGGAAACCAGUGCGUCUGCAACAGGCUCAAAGGGGCCAGGACCUGCAUCGAAAACAAAUGAAUUAGAACUUGGCGAGAUACAUGUUUCUGCAAGGGAAGGAGAAAUCGAAGAUCUUAAAAAGCAUAUGGAGGCUGGAGUAGCAGUCAACACAAGAGAUAGCAGAAAGAGAACUCCUUUGCAUUUGGCUGUGGACCAUGGUCACCUAGGUGCUGUCGAGCUUCUUGUCAGUUCAAAUGCAGAUGUCGAUGCUCAGGACGAUCAAGGUCAGACACCACUUCACUAUGCUGUCCGUCGUGAGAAGGAAGACAUCGCCCUACUCCUUGUCAAGCACCGUGCUGAUCUCCAGAUUAAGGACGGCGACGGGAACACCGCACCUGACCUCUGCUCCUCGGCCUGGCCGUUCCUGAAGCCGGCAAACUGAUGUCGCACAAUUAGCUCAGGCAAUACGUUGACUAAGAAACAUACCGUGCUCCUCGAUCGAUUAGCUAAAUGAACCAGAUGACACCUCAUCGAAUACAUAGGCUGUUUUUUUUUUUUUGCGCAUAGAAUACAUAGGCUGUUGCCAAAACGUCGAAAGAUAUCUCAGUACAGGGUAGACAUCUUGUACAGUAGUUCGUGUAUACGGUUUACACUGUUAGUGUGUGUUUAUGCUGCACGCCAACGGUUUGGCCGGAAACAUAUAUGAAUAUCAGGUCUCGCGGCCGAAAAUUGUGAAUAUUCAUUCUCUCAUUGUUAAUUCUCCUGCUAGGCAUUCAAAUUUC